AUGAUUAUUAUCAACAUAGAAAGUAAACAAAAUUAUGCUGAGCUUAAGCAAAGUAAUAUUUACCUUAAUAAAGAAUUGAGUGAAAUGAUUGUUAGCGACAAAGAAUGUAAGCAAAAAAUUGCUGAGCUUGAAAAACAACUGGACGACCAAACAAAAGUGAUACUGAAAUUGAAGAAUAAGGAUAGGCGUAGCAAGCAGCAACGUUAUUUCCCACAACAGCGUCAUUCCCAGCAGGAAGAUAACUUCCACCAACAAGACACGCCACCUCAAAGUCCAAGUCCAAAAAAUACUCAGCAACGCGAAGAGGUCACUUGCAAGCAUAGCGACCUGCAAGGACAACCGGAACAGCACCUGGAGCUCAAUAAUACACACUUUCAGUAUAUGGCACAAAAAGUGCAUGGAGAUAUACAGGCAUCGCCGCAAAAAUACCAUACUGUUCCAGCAAACUCGAAUAUGGCCGAAAACAUCGCAGAAGUGACAGCACCGCGCAUUAUAAAUUGUGAAACAAUCAUCAAUGGUCAAACAAACUCAAUGACCCGAAAGAAAUCGCGAGCUUUAAAAAAACAACCACAUGAGAAAGUGCGAGAUGAAAAUAUUCUAAAGGAUAUUAUAUUUACGGUCGCAACUAGGAGUGGAGUGUCUGAAGAGGAAGUUCGUAAUACUAUUGCAACAGUUCGUGCCGAAGAGGAAAUACCGCGCAAUGCAAACUGGGCAACAAUCGCUCAUGGUGAUCGCAUUGACAACGACGGGCAUCCAGAAAUAGGAGAGGCUUUUCAGGGAAAUAAUCUGGACUUACUUUGCUCCGUAGCUGCCGGAGACAUGGCGAUAUGUUUUCCGGACGAGCACAAACGGAAAGCGAGUGUUAUGGAAUAUGAGAGUAACACAGAGCAAAAUGGUUCCCAGGAGCACGUAGGAGUUCAACCACAUUCAAAAAGGGCAGUCGCUACAAAACGGCCAACAAUCUCUCAAAGUAGUAAGCGUAGAUGCAGAUGGAUAAUACCUGGACCAUCCCAAGAAGUGUCACAGUGCCCACUCCAACCAUUGCAAAUAGAUGCCAAUAACAGAAAUGACAAAGUGACUUACAUAUCGAUUGGUCCUAACAAAACUCUCGUACCACAAAAAUAUUACGAAUCAAUUGAUUUUACUAAUGCUUCAGUGGCAACUCGAAAACUAUUAGUGAUCUGUUUUGAUCGUGAAACAUUAGCUACGCACUCAUUGAGCGGAAAGAGAUCGCCAGCUUUUAAAGACAAACCACUUAAAAAACCGCUAGAUCCCCUAAUUGUAGAGGAUAUUAUAUUUGCGGUCACAACUAGGAGUGGAGUGUCUGCAAAGGAAGUACGUGCUGCCAUCACCACAAAAUGCGCCGACGAGAACAAAAUGUGGCGAAUGAAACACCCGGAACUUACAUAA